UGUAGCUUGACAACAAAUCCUGGAUAAAUUAUAUUGUAAAAUAUAUGUUUUGGGCAGUCCAAAUUAAAGGGUUUCUCUGAGUCUUUGCUGUGAACAAGAAAAAUGGGGGAAAGGAAGCUGAACUUCAAAGAUAAACGAUGGUCACUCCAUGGAAUGACAGCUCUAGUCACAGGAGGAUCUCGAGGUAUUGGGUAUGCAAUAGUGGAAGAGUUAGCCGAAUUUGGGGCAGCAGUUCAUGUAUGUGCACGAAAUGAAGCAGAUAUUGAUAAGUGUGUGGAAGAGUGGAAAAACAAAGGAUUAAAUGUCACGGGAUCUGUUUGUGAUGUUUCAUCCCGUGAUCAACGUCAACAUUUAAUAGAAACUGUUUCUUCCAUCUUUCAUGGCAAACUCAACAUUCUAAUAAAUAAUGCUGGAACAACCAGGCCUAAACACGCCAUAGAUUAUACUCCUGAAGAUAUGACAAUUAUAAUGAGUACCAAUUUUGAAUCUGCUUACCAUUUGUGUCAACUUUCAUACCCACUUCUAAAAGCUUCUGGAUAUGGGAGCAUAGUAUUUGUGUCCUCCAUUGCUGGUUUGAAAGCUUUGCCUUAUUUUUCUAUUUAUGCAUCAACAAAAGGAGCCAUAAAUCAGCUCAGCAAGAACUUAGCAUUGGAAUGGGCGAAGGAUAAUAUUCGUGUAAAUGCAUUAUAUAUAUAUAUAUAUCUUUUAAAAUAAAAAACUAAAAUAUUUUAAAUAAAAAGUGUUGAUGGUGACUGUGAGAAGGUUAUAAGUGCUAUAACGUCUCAAACUCCACUGCAACGUGUUGGAGAACCAAAAGAAAUAUCAUCAUUGGUUGCUUUUCUUUGUCUUCCAACAGCUUCGUUUAUCACUGGACAAACUAUAACUGCAGAUGGAGGCUUCACAAUUUAAGUUGUAUUAUCAUGACUCAAAAUUUUAAAGUUUAUAAAGUAUAUAAAAACUUUCAAUUAU